AUGGGAAUUAUUCUGUUCUACCUAAUAGCACAAGUGGGAUAUUUAAUUAAAAAGAAAAUGGACAAGUCUGGUUACUCUCCUGUCGCUGGCGGUACUGCCACCUCCUCCAUCGCCAACUCGGCACCAUUGUCGAUUUUUUGUUACUGUCUUUCAUCGAUCUUGAUGACUGUGACAAACAAAUACGUUCUUUCUGGUUACAGCUUCAACUUGAACUUUUUCCUCUUGGCCGUCCAAGGUAUUGUUUGUAUUUUCACCAUCGGCUCUUUGAAGCAGUUCGGUGUCAUCACUUACAGACAAUUCAACCAAGAUGAGGCCAAGAAGUGGUUUCCUAUUGCUCUUCUUCUCGUUGCUAUGAUCUACACCUCCUCUAAGGCUUUGGUGUACUUGUCUAUUCCAGUUUACACCAUCUUCAAGAACUUGACCAUCAUUUUGAUUGCCUACGGUGAAGUUUUGUGGUUUGGCGGUAAGGUCACCACAAUGGCCUUGGGCUCCUUUUUGUUGAUGGUCUUCUCCUCUGUUCUUGCCACAUAUGGUGACUCCGCAAGUGUCAAGACUCAAGACGACAUGUAUUCUUUGUACCUUGGCUAUUUUUGGAUGUUUACCAACUGUUUUGCCUCGGCUGCGUUCGUCUUGUACAUGAGAAUUAGAAUCAAGUUGACCAACUUUAAGGACUUUGACACUAUGUACUACAACAACUUGUUGUCUAUUCCAGUUCUUUUGAUCUGUUCUUUCAUUUUCGAAGAUUGGUCUGCCGCUAACCUUGCCGUCAACUUCCCUGCAGAAAACAGAGCUGCCACCAUUUUUGCCAUGAUUUUCUCUGGUGCUUCUUCCGUGGGUAUCUCCUACUGCUCUGCUUGGUGUGUUAGGGUGACUUCUUCUACUACUUACUCCAUGGUCGGCGCUUUGAACAAGUUGCCAAUCGCUUUGUCUGGUUUGGUUUUCUUUGAUGCUGCUGUUAACUUCUGGUCUGUUUCCUCCAUUUUUGUUGGUUUCAUUUCUGGUUUGGUUUACGCUGUUGCUAAGCAAAACCAACAAAAGCAAAACACCCAAAACUUGCCAAAGUAA